UGAAGGGGAGCUUGGCAGUCUUCUGUAGGCGGCUGAACCCUGCGCCAUCAGAGGCCCCCAGCUGAAGCCCUCAUUUCCCAUCCCUCAGAGAGGUCUCAGGUGCCUCCUCCCCUGGCCUCCUGGAUUGACAGGCCUGAAUGAAGAGGGCUGGGUGUGGAGCCAGGAGGUGGGGAUCUGGCUCCGGCAGGCAAAUCAGGUCACAGGGUGAAAUUAAAAGGGAGGAGGAAACCAUCAACCCAUCAGAACUGGUGCUCCUUCCUGGCGACGAGGUGCCCAGGAGAGGAGCUGGGGAGACAGGGCGUGGAGGUUGGGAGCCAGGGGCGCAGGAUGGCCUUGCGGAGAGCUGUGCGGCUGUCCUUGAAGAAGCCCACCCACGCCGUGUGUGUGGUGGGAGUUGAGACGUACGUGGACGUUCACAGUGAUGUGCCCAAGGGUGCCGAGACCUUUGGGGUCUCUGAGAGCUCCGGGGUGAGGGUCUUCGUGGCCUACGACCCAGAGCAGGUGACAGUGCCAACAGGCCAGGCCCGCUGGCCCCUGGACGCCAGCGUGGAUGUGAUUGUAUCCGUGGACACAGCCAGUAAGGACGUAAAUGAUCUCAAGGUGAAGGUCUCCUACUUCGGGGAGCACGAGGGCGACGCCCUGGGCCACAGCGUGCUCCACCUCACGGGCGUCGACAUCUCCCUCGACGUCGACACGGGCCGCACGGGCAAGGUGAAGAGGAGCCAAGGUGACAAGAAAACCUGGCGCUGGGGCCCUGAGGGCUAUGGGGCUGUCCUGCUGGUGAACUGUGACCGAGAUAGUCCCAGGUCUAGGGGGCUCGACCUCGCCAACAGGCAGCUGAUGUCGCUGGAUGACCUGCAGGACAUGUCCCCGAUGGUGCUGAGCUGUGACGGCCCAGACAAGCUCUUCGACAGCCACAAGCUGGUCUUGAACGUGCCAUUUUCUGAUGCCAAGAGAGUGCGGGUCUUCUGUGCUAGGGGUGGCAAUUCCCUCUCAGACUACAAGCAAGUGCUGGGGCCCCAGCGUCGGUCCUACGAAGUCAAGCGGCAGGCGGGGGAGCGGCAGAUCAGCUUCUACGUGGAGGGGCUCACCUUCCCCGACGCUAAUUUCCUGGGGCUGGUCUCCCUCAGCGUCAGCCUGGUGGACACCAGGACCCUGCCUGAGGUGCCCCUCUUCACAGACAGCGUGGCCUUCCGCGUGGCUCCCUGGAUCAUGACCCCCAACACCCAGCUCCCCCUGGAGCUGUAUGUGUGCAGAGUGAUAGACUCUCAUGGCUCAAAUGACAAAUUUCUGGGUGAUGUGUCUGACCUGGCACUGAAAGCCAACUGCAAGCUGAUCAUCUGCCCUUGGAUUGAAAAUCGAAAUGACCGCUGGAUCCAGGACGAGAUGGAGUUUGGCUACAUCGAGGCCCCUCACAAAUCCUUCCCGGUGGUCUUUGACUCCCCCCGAGACAGAGGCCUGAAGGACUUCCCCUAUGAGAGGAUCCUGGGUCCUGACUUUGGAUAUGUCACCAGGGAGAUCCUGUUGUCUGGCGCCUCCGGCCUCGACUCCUUCGGCAACCUCGAUGUCAGCCCGCCGGUGACGGUGGGCGGCAAGGAGUAUCCCCUGGGCCGGAUCCUCAUCGGCAGCAACUUCCCCAAGUCCGGCGGGAGGCGCAUGGCCAGGGUGGUGCGCGACUUCCUGAGCGCCCAGCAGGUGCAGGCGCCCGUGGAGCUCUACUCCGACUGGCUCUCCGUGGGCCACGUGGACGAGUUCCUGAGCUUCGUGCCCGCCUCAGACCAGAAGGGCUUCCGGCUGCUCCUGGCUAGCCCCAGCGCUUGCCUCCGACUGUUCCAGGAGAAGAAAGAGCAGGGCUACGGGGACGCGGCCCAGUUUGAUGGGCUGAAGCACCAGGCAAAGAGAAGCAUUAAUGAGAUGCUGGCAGACAGACGCCUCAAGAAGGACAGUCUCCACGUACAGAGCUGCAUCGACUGGAACCGGGAGGUGCUGAAGCGGGAGCUGGGCCUGACGGAGCAGGACAUCAUCGACAUCCCCCAGCUCUUCUCCCUGAAGGGCUCCUACGCAGAAGCCUCCUUCCCCGACAUGGUCAACAUGGUGGUCUUAGGCAAGCACCUGGGCAUCCCCAAGCCCUUCGGGCCCGUCAUCGACGGCCGCUGCUGCCUGGAGGAGAAGGUGCGGUCCCUGCUGGAGCCGCUGGGCCUCCACUGCACCUUCAUCGACGACUACUUGUCCUACCACAAGCUGCUCGGGGAGGUGCACUGCGGCACCAACGUGCGCCGGCAGCCCUUCUCCUUCAAGUGGUGGAACAUGGUGCCCUGAGCCCGUCCCCACCCGCCUCCUCUCCGCCCACCUGCCAGGGACCCCCGCCCAGGGGAGGGCGAGGAACCUCCACCUGGCCUCCAUCCUCUUGGGGGAGCCUCAGGCACUUCCCCCCGAGUGCCUGCAAACGUGCUGGCCACCGAGGGCACCGGGACACAGGGA